AUGAGUGGUUGACUGCAAGGGUCCGCAAGGCCGAAAGAUUUCAUGCUCAUCUACGGAGUAUACACAGCAAAGUCCGAACUUUCUGUAUGGUCUGGCGUCGUAGCAUCGACUGUUUCAAGACUACCCUAAACAGCCUACCGUAGGUUUUCGAGGCGAAGGCCAAAGUUGCAUACCGAUGGCGCCCGGAGGCCGUGCUGGAUUCCGCGGGGCCUCUGGUCGUGGCGGAUCUAGAACGAGGGGAGCAGUCAGAGGCAGAGGCAGAGGGAGAGGGAAAGCUGUCGCUCGCCAACCCAGAAGUGCCCGGUUUGACGAUAAACGGCUGGCCCCAAAUGAGUAGCGAGGCCGGGACUCCCUCGGAAGAUGAACCGGAGAUCAUUGAAGUUAACUCGGAUGAGGAAGAUGAGGAGGACCCCAAGCAGUCUGCGCAGCCUUACAUGAGUUUGAUGCGCAGCCUUGUCGAAAGUGCGCCUCACAAGGCAAAGCGGCGGAAACUCGAUCACCCACAGACUGAGGACAAGGAGCUCUCGAAAUUAGAGCCGAGACCGCCGGUCAGCAGUGAGGAUGGUGACGAAGUUGAGAACCGGGAUGUCGACGCGGUAGAGGAGCCUGAGGAAGAUCCAGCUAAUGCGGCACCCGAAGACUUGUUCGACGAGGAUGACGACCUGGACAGCUCAGACCCGUUCGAGGUGCACUUCGCCGAUCCCAAGGCCGAAGAGCUGCAGCCGAGGCUAAGUGCCAUCCAAGGUGGCAAGUGGCGCAUGGAGCGGAUAGCAGCCGAGUCGACGAGGGUGUUCCUCAACACUCUCGAUGCCGGCACCUCUGAAGGAAACCCCUUACCAGCACCAGUAUCAGGCUUAUCGGAUCUGAAACUUAAGAAGAGGCUGCAAGAGGCCAUGACAACAAAACACCCCAAGUUCGACCAAGUUGAGCAGACAAUAGCACCUCUACUCUUUAACUACCAGGACCUUCUCUACUGCAACCGGACGGUGUCAGGCUCCCAGAGCAUCAGACGCAUGGCCUGCCUCCAUGCUCUGAAUCAUAUUUUUAAGACGCGCGACCGAGUCAUCAAGAACAAUGCCAGGCUAGCUAGGACCGACAACAAUGAGGACCUGGAGGUGAGAGACCAAGGCUUCACACGCCCAAAGGUGCUCGUGAUCCUUCCAACGAGACAAUCCUGUGUCAAAAUGAUUGAUAUGAUUGUCUCGAUCUGCGAGCCAGACCAACAGGAGAACAGGAAGCGCUUCGAAGAUGGCUACAUCGACAAGCAAUCCAGAUUCUCAGACGAAAAGCCGGAGGAUUUCAGGGAUCUCUUCUCGGGCAAUGACGAUGACAUGUUCCGGUUAGGCAUGAAGUUCACACGCAAGACUAUCAAGUACUUCUCCCAGUUCUACAACUCGGACAUAAUCUUUGGGAGCCCGCUCGGCCUCCGCAUGGCCAUUGGAUCCGAGGAGGAGAAGAAGCUCGAUUUUGAUUUUCUCAGCUCCAUUGAGCUGGUCAUCGUCGACCAGGCUGACGCCUUGCUCAUGCAAAAUUGGGAGCACAUGGAAUUCAUCUUUGAGCAUCUCAACAUCCAACCCAAGGACGCGCACGGCUGCGACUUCAGCCGCGUCCGCCACUGGUACCUCGAAGACCAAGCCAAGUACUUCCGCCAGACGGCUAUUUUCAGCGCCUUCAACACGCCUGAACUCGCCGAGCUGUUCCGCGCACACUGCCACAACUGGGCCGGCAAGGCCCGCCUGCAGCAGGAGGUGGCCGGCGUGAUCCAGUACCUGCCCGUCAAGGCGCGGCAGACCUUCAGCCGGUUCGAGGCGGCGUCGAUCGUGGCCGAUCCGGACGCGCGGUUCGCCUACUUUACCAAGGCCAUCGUGCCGAUGCUGACGCGGCACAAAGCGCGCGACGCGGCCGGCACGCUCAUCUUCAUACCCUCAUACCUCGACUUCGUCCGGGUGCGCAACUACUUCGCCAACAACCCGGCCGUCGAGAACGUCUCGUUUGGCACCAUCUCCGAGUACGCCGACGUGCCCGAGGCGUCGCGCGCGAGGUCGCAUUUCCUCAACGGGAGGCACAAGGUGCUGCUGUACACGGAGCGGGCGCACCACUUUAGGCGGUAUCGGAUCAAGGGGGUCACGCGGGUGGUCAUGUACGGCCUGCCGGACAAUCCGCUGUUUUACCAAGAGAUCGCGGGCGGGUAUCUGCAGAAGAGCGAGCAGUCGCUGCUGAUGGAGCAUGGUCAGGGGGUUGUGAGGGUCAUGUUCUCAAAGUACGAUGUGAUGAAGCUGGAGAGGAUUGUUGGGACGUCGCGAGUGGGCAAGAUGAUCCACGAGCAGGGGGAUACGUUUGACUUUGUGUAAGCUUGUUGCGCUCUGUAUCUGUAGAUCGAUGCAGCGUCUUCCCGACGCCGGCCGGGUUGGAAAUCACACAUCCUCCCAGCUUCGUAUCAUACACGUGCGCCUUUGUAAUGUAC